AUGAGAAUCCUCUCGAAAGACUUUCCAACAUCAUUAUUCCAUUCAACUGCCCCAGGCUGGGUUCAAAGUUCUAUCCAUCAACCGCUGAAUCAAACUAUAUCAAUAGCUUAUCAUCUAAAAAAUUUUCUUUUAUGGUUAAUUUUUAUUAAUAUUAUUAAUAAUUAUACCUUAAAUUUUAAAUUAUAUUUUGGUGAAGUUGAUGUAGUUUCUUUAUUAUCAAAUUAUAAACCAAUUGAUAAUUCAUUACUUUCACAAAAUUUAGAAAAUAUUCUUCGUGGUAUUUAUGUUAGAAAUGAAGCUACUUAUUUGACUCAUAUUAAUGAUACAACAAUUAUUGCAAAACCAAUUUUUAUUUGUAAUGAUAAUUCAAUUCUGACCAUUUUAAUUGAAGGUUUUUUCAAUGGUGAUAAAGAACAGAAUAAACUUAAAUUAGGUCAUAAAACAAUAGUUCAAAAUAUUAUUACAGAAAGGUUUCCUCAUUCAUUUACCGUAUUUCAUUUGAAUUCUCAUAUUAAAAUGGUUCAAGAAGUUCUUGUAAUUUUCUUGACUAGAUUAUAUACUGAAAGAGGUCUUGAUAUUGUUAAUAUUGUUAAAAAAGUUAAAUAUGUAAUUGCUCCAGUAACCAUUGGGAAAUUUGGAAUAUUAGUAAAUUCAUUUGUUUUAUAUUCUUUAUAUGUGGUUUUCCAUUGUGUUCCUAAAUCUUUAAUAUGGCAUUAUUCCAAUUUGGCACUGUUAUAUGUUAGUAAUACAGUUAAUAUUGCAUUUAUAUUGAUGAUUUUAAUAUCAAAAUCACAAUUAAGAGAUUUUUCAAAUAAUAUUUCUUAUUGUUUGUUAAUCAUUGAAUUUAUUUCUUUCCUAGCAAUAAUGUUGUUAUUUUUUAAUGAUCACAAGACAAUCAUUAGCAGACAAGUUUUAUUACCUUAUUCUUGUCCAUCUUCAGUAUAUUCAGAAAGAAAUAGUAAAAUUGGUGAUCCAAAAACAGAAGAACUCAUUCAACCUGAAAUAUCACAACCUCCAUCAACACAUAUUCAUAAUUCUCAACAAUCUCCAAAACAAAUCAUAAAUUCAAGUCCUCUUGAAAAGCAACAACAACUGAAGACUAUAUUACCCCAGAAGAGGGACUCUGUUCCUAUUCAAAGUCUUCAGGAACAAUAUGCUACACCUGUUCCACUUACUACACCAGUAAUUGGUGAUCCAUUACAUCAAGGUUCAAUUACUACACCAGGUGUUAGAAAUCCUGAAAGAAGAUGUGUAACAGUACCUGUUAAUCUUCCAAGAAAAUACGAAAACUUACAUCAUAGUCCUGCUGGUCAUCCUGGUCAUUUACCAAAUUUACAGUUGUAA